AUGGAUAUUUAUCAGAGAUGUUUAAUUAACUACACGCACUUACCUCCGGCUAUCGAUCUAUCUAUCUAUCUAACUAUCUAUCUCGCUAUUUUCAUUGUCUAUUUGGGCCAAUUUGUUCACUAUCUAUCUAUCUAUCUAUCUAUCUAUCUAUCUCAGUCUAUUCUUAUCUAUCUAUUUAUCGAUCUAUCUAUCAAUGUAUUUUCUUAUCAAUCACUCUGUCUAUCAGAGUCUGGUCUCCUCUAUCUAUCUACCUAUCUAUCUAUCUAUCUAUCUAUCAAACAUCUUCGUCUAUCUAUCUAUCUAUCUAUCUAUCUAUCUAUCUAUCUAUCUAUCUCGCUAGCUAAGUCUGUUCCUAUCUAUCUAUCUAUCUAUCUAUCUAUCUAUCUAUCUAUCUAUCUAUCUAUCUAUGUAAAGCUGUAUCCAUCUAUCCAUGUAUCUAUCUGUGAAAAUAACUAUCUUUCUAAACCAGUAAGUUUGUCUGUCUGUCUGUCUGUCUUUCUGUAUCUAUCUAUCUAUCUAUCUAUCUAUUUAUCUAUCUAUCUCAAUAAACUUUGGUCAUGUCGUUCUAUCUAUCUAUCUAUCUAUCUAUCUAUCUAUCUAUCUAUCUAUCUAUCUAUCUGUCUGUCUGUCUGUCUGUCUAUGUCUUUAAUUUUCUAUAUAUCUGUGACUGUCUUUAAUUACGUUCAUAUUACUUUCACUCUGUCUCCCUCUCUUUCUAUGUAUUUAUGCUUGUAUCUAUCUAUCUAUCUAUCUAUCUAUCUAUCUAUCUAUCUAUCUAUCUAUCUAUCUAUCUGUUGA